UAAAGGCAGCGAAAGGGGGGUUGGAAACGUGAUUACCAGGAAUGCACCGAGCCCGCUCAUUCAUUCAUACAAUUAGAUAUUCAGCCUCUCCUGAGAGCUCAUUUGUGCCGGGCACUGUGCCAGGGGCUGGGACUGCAAAGCGAAAUGAGACACCGCCCAGCACUCAAAAUUAACAACGAUAAUUAACAAACAUUAGCAGAACCUUCGUGAGCCUGGGGAAAACCGAUUAGGUACUGUAAGCUUGCCACGGGUCUCUCUGGGAAGGCAGAUUCAGAAUUCAAACGCGGGAGAGAAAGAGGCAGUGGCCCCCGAAAUAGUGUCAGGCAGGAGGGUAGGCCAGGGGGAAGAGGGAGGCUUCUUCCCCUAGGGAGGGAAUCUGUCGAGGCCACUCAAACGUUUCUCCGAGGCUGAGAGAGAGGGAGGUUUGUUUUUCUUUUGGAAAGACGGAGCCCUUUUCCCCACUGGGCUCGAUUUCUAGUAGGAGAAGCCCCGCCUCUUUGGGCCUUAGAUUGGCCCAACUCUUUUUCAGAUAAUUUAUGCCAGCAUCCUCUGGGUCUGAUUGGCUCCCCGGCUCAAUUCCGCUGGGAGUCGCAUCCUACCUGGUUGGGAGGUGUACUGCCUUACCACUCUCCCCCGCUGUACUCUCCUGGCUGCUGCCGAGGUGAGAGAAAAAGUCCUAGCUUGGAGAACUGAGAGGAAAAAGAGAUCCUGAUGGGUUCUUGGAAAGCUUUUCUCUUCUCCCCUUUUCUUCUGUGGAGUCAAAGUGGAGUGGUGAGGCUGAUGUUCUUGUUACUGACCCUGCAUCUGGGAAACUGUGUUGAUAAAGUGGAUGACGAAGAUGAUGAGGAUUUAACAGUGAACAAAACCUGGGUCUUGGCACCAAAGAUUCAUGAAGGAGAUAUAACACAAAUUCUCAACUCAUUGCUUCAAGGCUAUGAUAAUAAACUUCGCCCAGAUAUAGGAGUGAGGCCCACAGUAAUUGAAACUGAUGUUUAUGUAAACAGCAUUGGACCAGUUGAUCCCAUAAAUAUGGAAUACACAAUAGAUAUAAUUUUUGCGCAAACCUGGUUUGACAGUCGUUUAAAAUUCAACAGUACCAUGAAAGUGCUUAUGCUUAACAGUAAUAUGGUAGGGAAAAUUUGGAUUCCUGACACGUUCUUCAGAAACUCAAGAAAAUCUGAUGCACAUUGGAUAACAACUCCUAAUCGUCUGCUUCGAAUUUGGAAUGAUGGACGAGUUCUAUAUACUCUGAGAUUGACAAUCAAUGCAGAAUGUUAUCUUCAGCUUCAUAACUUUCCUAUGGAUGAACAUUCUUGCCCACUGGAAUUUUCAAGCUAUGGGUACCCUAAAAAUGAAAUUGAGUAUAAGUGGAAAAAACCUUCUGUAGAAGUGGCUGAUCCUAAAUACUGGAGAUUAUAUCAGUUUGCAUUUGUAGGGUUACGGAACUCAACUGAAAUUUCUCACACAAUCUCUGGGGAUUAUAUUAUCAUGACAAUUUUUUUUGACCUGAGUAGACGAAUGGGAUAUUUCACUAUUCAAACCUACAUUCCGUGUAUCCUGACAGUUGUUCUUUCCUGGGUGUCUUUUUGGAUCAAUAAAGAUGCAGUACCUGCAAGAACAUCACUUGGUAUCACUACAGUUCUGACUAUGACAACUCUGAGUACAAUCGCCAGGAAGUCCUUACCUAAGGUUUCUUAUGUGACUGCGAUGGAUCUCUUUGUUUCUGUUUGUUUCAUUUUUGUUUUUGCAGCCUUGAUGGAAUAUGGCACCUUGCAUUAUUUUACCAGCAACAAAAAAAUAAAGACUGCUAGAGACAGAAAGCUGAAGAAUAAAAGCUCGAUGUCCCCUGGACUCCAUCCUGGAUCCACUCUGAUUCCAAUGAAUAGCAUUUCUCUGCCACAUGGAGAAGAGGAUUAUGGGUAUCAGUGUUUGGAGGGCAAAGAUUGUACCAGCUUCUUCUGUUGCUUUGAAGACUGCAGAACAGGGUCAUGGAGGGAAGGAAGGAUACACAUACGCAUUGCUAAAAUUGACUCCUAUUCUCGAAUAUUUUUCCCAACAGCUUUUGCCCUGUUCAAUCUGGUUUACUGGGUUGGCUAUCUUUACUUAUAAGUUCUAUUUACCAGGCAAAAAUCAUAAGAAGUUUAACUGAAUCCAAUACAAUCUAUUGCACUUCAGUAAUACGAAGUUUAAAUUUAAAAUGCAGAGAAACCAAUGGUUAAAAUGUAAAAAUAUUGUAACUGUUCUACGGAUUCAUAGGUAAAUACAGUAGCGGCUUUCAUGUUAAUUACUUCACUGUAUGUAAAAGGGAUUAGUUGCAAAAUUCCGUAUAGUAAAAUACUAUUAUAUAUUUUUACUUUAAUCUUAUUUAUUUUACUUGUGUCCCAUUAAGAUUUUGAAUUUGUAAGUUCCGUGAUUCAUAUUUUAAAGAUGGAAUAUUUUAAUAACUUUAAUAAUAUUUUAUUUAAAUAUAAUCUAUCAUUGUUUGUAAUGGGAGCCUAAUCUCAUGCCUAAUGUUUAUGUAGUAAUUUUUUGCCUGGAAAAUAUUGUUAUUUGAUUUUUUCCCUUACUUCUUAUUUGUAUGCCCUGUUUGGAAUAGAGCUAGUGAAAACCAUAAAGCCUUGAUUUCCUGGCAUCUAUAUCCAGAUCUUUCACUCCCAAGAACAAACUAAAUUAGAAGAAAAGGCCAAUUUUUACCUUAUUAGAAGGACAAUUUUUAUCUGUAUUUUAAUCAAGUCCAUUUCCUGACACAAUAUUAAAUAGAACUGUAGUUACUUUAGUUUUGGUGAUUUACAAACUAGGAUGGAAACCGCCAAAGUAAUUUCUUUUAAAUACAGGUGAAAAAAAGUUACAUUUAACCAUUUUAUUCUCUGCCUCGCAGCAUUUAUGAAGUAUGAAGUUAACACUGAAAUGUUUAGAUCUACCAACACUGAAAUUAAAUACAGAAAGAACUGAUUUUUUUCUUUAUGCUCUACAAAAGUGUUAACGUUCCCUAAAUGGACGAAAAACAUUGAAGAACAGUGCUUGUAUUCACUCGUUGUGGGAAAAGAAUUAUUAUCUAGCAAAUUGAGUAAUGGUUCAUAUUGAAGAUAUGGUCUUAAAUAUAUACUAUUAAUAACUGCCAGACUAAAAACAUCCUAGAAAUAUAGUUUUAGGUGCGUAUCGCAUAUUAUCUUUGCCAGCUUCUAUGUUUGGACACUGUCAGUUUUAUAUCUUUGUUGUAAAUUGUUAUGAUGUUCUCUUUUUUAAAAAAUGAGAGCAGGCUCAAAGUUCAUGUUAAAAGUGGAGUUCUAUUAGAGGCACCUCGAAGGAACACGAGUGUUGGAGCUCUGUAGAUUCUUAAAGAUAGGAGCAGAGAAAACCACACUACAGUGUAGGGCAUGUUGGUUGAUAGUUUCCCAAAUGCCUCUCUCAUUACGAGAAGAGUUAAAUUUAGGCUUUGGUCAUUACAUUCCUGUAAAUAGUUUGGCAUAUCCGUCGAUUAUAAGGACUUCACCAUGCAUUCACCACUACCUAAUUUUUUGGGAAAUUACCAAAGUGAUUUUGGAGAUAAGCUUUAAAAAUUGUUUUCAUUGCCAAGAGCAAGCAUGAGGAUCAGGAGUUUUGUGAUCAAAGCUUAUCCUAGGGCAUGUGGAGGGAGCUAGGGCCUCUGCAUUUGAUACUAGUUUUUGAUGCAGUAAUUCUGCCCACAUGGUUAGAGAAUACAUGAAUGAGGUUCUGGCAUGGUUAUGCUUAUCUUUAUAGAAUAUAUAGUUGUUUUUUAAUCUGAAUACAUUUCAUUGUGCAUUCCUCAACUAAAUCAGAGUUUUUUUUCCUUUGAUUAUAAACCUCUGAAACAAUGUAAGCAUGACUUGAGUGAUAAUGCCCAAUAUCCACCGACACUACUUUUUUCGAAUGGAGAGCCAAAUUAAACUUUGGCCAUGUAUAUAUUCACUUACAAAUAACUCACGCAUUCAUCUUUAUAGCUGAGUAUUGAUGGAUAUUUUUAAUGUGAAUAUUCACUUAUGGAUAAAUGGAAAAUGAAGUAUCCAUGAAGGAUAAAACACUUUACUAAAAUGUAUUAUGGCUAUUUCUAUGUUCUAAGCUGUAACCUGUUCAUUUUCAUGAAGGCAAUUUGAAUUCUGGGAUUCUUCAACUUUAUCUGAGCAUGGCUGUAUUUUAAAAUACUUUAAAAUGCUUAAUAUAAAUAGCUUUGAUUUUCUCAUUGGUGUUCCAUUAACUUGGCUUUAAAUGUUAGCAAUAUUAACAAGUGGAAAUAAAACUAAUAAAAAUAUGAAAGAUGCUUUACUAUACACAUUCAUUGUAUAAAUCAUUGAAACAAGCACUUUGUUUUCAAAGCAAGUGGAAUUUUGAGCAGCUUUAUUUAAACAUGUAGAUCAGAAAGAGAAGGGUACAAAUCUUGGUAUUUCUAAUAAUGAGAAUAAAAAAGUGAAGUUGCAACUGGACUCUGUUUAUAAGAAAUCAAAUCGAACUUAUUUUUAAAGCAAAUGCAGUCUAAUUCCUGUCCCUUUCUUCUUUCAAGAAGUUUUAUCAUCUUGAGAAACAGGUUUCUAAAAAAUCCUCCUUUCAGAGUUAUAUCUGAAUUCAUUGGACUACUGGAAUUUGUGCUUCCUAGCUGCUUUAAGUGGUUGUAGCACUAAUACAGACCAAAGAAGUGGAUGUAGAGUAUAGGAAGGCUAAAUGGAGCAGAAUCAUUUGGGAAAAUAUUAAUUCACAUAGACCCAUCCUUUAAAUAUGUGACCAGGAUCUACAAGUUCUGAGAAGGGAAACUGUGACUGGCACAAUCUUUUUCUCUUACAUUUACAAUUUCGUAAUAUUUUAUUUAUUCUUGAAUUACAUAGAAAACUUAGGCUCACUUGAAAUUAAUUCCUAAAAUGCCAAGUAGUUUCUGAGGGGAAAAAAAGACAGACAGAAAGAAAGAAGGAAAGCAAGAGAAGAGAAAAGAAAAAAAAGACAGCUUCCCUGAGAAUCUGGUAGGGAAAGGGCAAAAUUCCUCAGUAAAUCCAACUAAGUAUAAAGUUUUAAUGUAAAUAGAAAUCAGACAAUUUAUUGGAUGUUUUUUUAAGUUAAAGACAUAGAUUUCAUUAAGGACUUAUUAAAACUGAUUAACUAUAGGGUAAAGCACAGUAAAUGUGUGUAGUUAUAAAAUCACCAGCUUUCUCCUUUAGUGUUCCCAUAUCUGACAUUAAUACAGUGUCAUAGAAUAUGCUGCAGUUUUGCUUAAUAGCAAGGCCAAAGUUGAGGGCUGCAUGCUUGUCAAUGAUCUAGCAUCAAAAAGAAUGAUUGAUAGUACUCUCAGAUCAAGGGGCCCGUAACUGUAAAAUGGGAAAUUGUAUUCCAAGUCAAUAUGUUGUGUUUUGUUUUGUUUUUAAAAGAUUUUAUGUAUUUAUUUGAGAGAGAGAGCAAACAAGAGAGAGCAUGCACACAACCAGGGGGAGGGGUGAAGGGAGAGAGAGAAGCCGACUAGCCACUGAGUGGGGUCCCCGAAACGGGGCUUAAUCCUAGGACUUCAGGUCAGGACCUGAGCUGAAGGCAGAUGCUUAAGGCACCCCCCAAGUCAAUAUGUUGUAACCAAAUGCAUCUUGUACUUUGAUUACGCAAAAGGGUGAUUUAGAUAGGAUCAUUUGCUCAAGUAAAAUUUAAAUUAAUAACCAAUAAUUGAAUAAGCACCUAAUAAAUGGAUAAGUACAUAUAUAAAACUAUCAAACUUCUAUGCCAGGGCCCAUUUUCACUUGGAAAAUUUCCUGUAGCAAGAUACCACAUUCUUGAUCAUUUCAUUGAUCUUACUUAGCACUGGAAUUGAAGUGAUUCAGUGGACAUUUAGUGAGUUAGCAUUUGUCCCACCAAAAACAUUUUUGAAAAUAAUUUCUGACCAAGCUAUUAUUCUUUACAUCAUCAAAUUUACUUAACUGCUCAAUGUCUUGCCAUAUGAAGUACAGACAUACUGGGUCUCAUGUUUCCGUUGGUCAUCAUUGUUUCUCACUGUUAUAUGAAGCCCUUGACAAGUCACUGUAAAGUCACAGAAACCAUUACUAAAUCACUGUCAAAAACACUCCACAUGGCGGUGCCUGGGUGGCAUAGUGGGUUAAGCAUCCUACUCUUGGCCUCAGCCCAGGUUCUGAUCUUGGGGUCGUAGGAUUGGGCCCUGCGUGGGGCUCCACGCUCAGCGUGGAGUCUGCUUGGAAUUCUCUCUCUCUCUCUCUGCCCCCCAUUCUCCUCUUUCUCUAAAAAUGGGUAAAUAAAUCUUUUUUUUUUUAAGAUUCCAAAUGGAGUUUCCAAACUCUAGUAAAUAUAAGGUCAGUUCUGCCUUUUUUUGUCUUUGCAUUUUGGAAGAGACAUAACCUAAUGCAAAAUAUUUAUGCAGCACUUCCUAUGCAUAAGGUACAACAGGGGAUACAUAAAAAUGAAAUCUCAAGAAACAUAUAGUGAGAGGAUUAGUUAUGCAAUUUAAGGAGGGAGGAUAACUCUGGGAAAGUUUCCACAGAUGGGAGCUUGAGAAUUCAAUAUGUCACUAGGUGAGGUUAACUAGAGAUCACACUUCCAGUUGAGUAAACAGCUUGACUAAAGAAACAGAAGCAUGGGCACAAAUAAAAGUUCCAUUUUAAUUGCAAGUUAAGACGCAUAUAGAGACAAUUAAAGAUGAGACAAACAAAGAUAGGUUAGGCCCUAUGGUAAAGAGGCAAAAAUACAAACCACAGGGGGCUGGGUGAUAGUCUAAAUUCAUGGAGAGUUCACAAAGAUACUUAAGUAGAAAAGAAUCAUUGUUAAUACUGCAGAACUUUCCUCUCGUUGGUGUGUGAUGUUUGGAGUAAGAAAGGCCAAAGCCAGUUAGGAAGCAAUUAUAAAACAGGAGGUGAGGGAGGAAGAAGGUUAGUACUGCGGUGAUACAAGUUCAGUGGAGGAAAGGGAAAGCUAGCCCCUGAAUGAGAAAGGAAAAUGGAGACGGAACGGUGAUGAACAGGCAGCAUUAACGGAGUGACAUGGUGUGCGUGAGGAGAGCGGGGGUCCUGUAGCGAACAGUACGGACAUGUGUGUAAAUAGACACUAAAACACUACAAGGAAGUUAUGGAGGCAUUACAAUCUUGUUUGCUGUUACUUUGAACAUUUCAAUCGAAUGCUUAUCUUUUUCCAAUUGAUAUAUGUUUUUCCCACAUUAGGAAUGAGGAAAAAGAAAAAUCUCCUGAAGUACAAAUCAUAAGGCAGGUCUGUCCAGAUUACUAUUAUUAUUUAAAUCUAUUUCUCAUUAAAAGGGCUUUCUUUCCAAAUAAUUUUCUCUUCUUUCUUUCUAACUGAGAAAGAAAAAAUAAUGUAUUUGGACAAAGAAGGGAGGAAAACUGGCAGUAGGAAAUAGGUUGCUGUGGGAUGAGACAAAUCCAAGAAGUUGAUUUGUAUUCUCAAUUUCUGAAGUGUUUAUCUCAAAAUAAAUAAAUAAAUUUUUAUUGUUGGACCAUGAAAAGUACCUGGACCAUGAAUAGUUUGAAUCUGUGAAUGGAUAGGAUAAGCCUGUGAAAACUGUAAGGCAGUUAAGCACAAAGGGCUAAUUAACAGAAUUUAAAGACAUGACUGACCUAAAUUAUGGAAAUAGUUUGGAUCUCGAUAAAACACUGUAAUAACAGCUAUUUGCACCCAUUAAGUGUAUCCGGUCACUUCAUAUAAUAAAGUUUUAUGGCUUGUGAUUGUAAUGGCUUCUGUUGUCUGCUUCUGCCUUAUCAUUUUGGGGAACAUUUUGUGAGUGUGUGGCAAAGGUAACUCAACUUUUCAAAGUAUUCUGUACU